AUGCAUCAGCAGCAGUUGGUCCUCUCCUGUUUGUCCCUGGUUUUCCUGGCAUCUCCUCUCCUGGCCAUAUGGGAACUGGAGAAAGAUGUUUAUGUUGUAGAAUUGGACUGGUAUCCUGAUGCCCCUGGAGAAACAGUGAUCCUCACCUGCGAUACCCCUGAAGAAGACAACAUCACCUGGAGCUCGGACGAGAGCAGUGAUGUCUUAGGCUCUGGCAAAAACUUGACCAUCCAAGUCAAGGAGUUUGGAGACGCUGGCCAGUACACCUGUCACAAGGGAGGCGAGGUUCUCAGCCAUUUUCUCCUUCUGCUUCACAAAAGCGAAGAUGGAAUUUGGUCCACUGAUAUUUUAAAGGACCAGAAAGAACCCAAAAAUAAGACCUUUCUAAAAUGUGAAGCAAAGAAUUAUUCUGGACAUUUCACCUGCUGGUGGCUGACAGCAAUCAGUACUGAUUUGAAAUUCAGUGUGAAAAGCAGCAGGGGUUCCUCUGAGCCCCGAGGAGUGACCUGCGGAGCGGCAACUCUCUCGGCAGAGAAGGUCAGAGUGGACCACAGGGAGUACAGGAAGUACACGGUGGAGUGCCAGGAGGACAGUGCCUGCCCAGCUGCCGAGGAGAGGCUGCCCAUCGAGCUCGUGGUGGAUGCUGUUCACAAGCUCAAGUAUGAAAACUACACCAGCAGCUUCUUCAUCAGGGACAUCAUCAAACCAGACCCACCCAAGAACCUGCAGGUGAAGCCAUUAAAGAAUUCCCGACAGGUGGAGGUCAGCUGGGAGUACCCCGACACCUGGAGCACCCCACAUUCCUACUUCUCCCUGACAUUUUCUCUUCAGGUUCAGGGCAAGAACAAGAGAGAAAAGAAAGAUAGACCCUUCGUAGACAAGACCUCAGCCCACAUCACAUGCCACAAGGAUGCCGUGAUCCGCGUGCAAGCCCGAGACCGCUACUAUAACUCACCCUGGAGUGAGUGGGCAUCUGUGUCCUGCAGUUAGAUUCUACUCCCAGGAUGAAACCUUGGAGGAAGAGAGGAAGAUAUGUAAAACUUUUAAAAGACACAAUGCAACAGACCCAAAGAGAUAUUUUCUACCUAAUUUGCUUUUUUUAAGGGUCAUAAUAAUGUCUUGUUGUAUUUUUUAUAUUUAAAUGCUAACACCCCCCUGAAACAAUCAGAUAAUUUAUUUAUAGAGUUUCCAGCUAGCACAUUGCAACUGUUAUUUAAAUAUUUAAUUUAUGUAUUUAUUAAUUUAUUAUGGUUAACAUUUUUGCACCAAGAUUUGUAUGUUUCACCCUCUUGUGACCUGAUCCAUAUAGAAUGGAUCCUAUUAUGUAUGCAAAAUGUGAAGUUAUGUGUCAUUUAUACUGACAACUUCUCAAUUGAGGCUGCAAGUGCCUCAGUUUUAUGACAACCAGUAAGAACGCAAUGUUCUGAUGCCAGUGCCACAGUGUAUUUGUGAUGGAUGGGAACGCAAGAGAUAUUAAACAGAGACAGGGAGAGACAGGAACCCACUUGAGGAGGUUGUAGAAAGAUGUUUGUUCUCAUAUCCAUGAAGAUUUACUUGAAGUGGUGUUGACAAUUCAGGGCCACCUGCACUUCCAAGCAGGUUUAGUCUUUGGAUGUCUGAAUUUAGAAAGGGCUAAAAUUCAAAAAAAAAAAAAAAGCUGAAAUUCAGCUUCAGCGUCUGCAGCAAUCCCCACCCCAUCUGUCUGUGUGACAUGGAAGAGUGACACAGAGACAUCACAAGCGUCUGGAAGGUAAAAAGAUGUUAUGAUUCAAGUGUAGUUAUGGCUAAGGUCAUAAGAUUGUCAGAAUUGCCAGUUAUUCCUGCAUAUCCAUACAAGAAAAGCAGACAGAUGCAAAGAAAUGAUCAACAAUCACUCUUACAGGGUCAGCGUCAGUGAACCUGACAAGCAGAUAGGACCAAAAGUGCUGAACCAUUAAGGUGCUACUUUUAAGUAAUGAAUGUGCUUUCUGUAAAGUAAUUCCAUUUGUUUUUAUUUUUAUACUCCUGUGAACUAAUAAAAAUGUAAUUUUCCUUUGCCAUAAUAUUUUGGGCUUUCUCAGCUGACUUGGGUAUCCUGUCCCAACAUUUACCAGGGCUGCAAAUUUUUCCCCUACCAAUGAAGAACUGCCCCUCCUUAAAGCAAUUCCAUUUGCAUUUUUGCAGAGUUGCCCUUUCCCUUUAUAGGAUUCCCAGAGUCAGUGUCUUGCUGAGCUCAGGGAC